GGCCAAUAGCCGUUAAGCAGAACCCCCUUGCAGCCAAUAGGAAGGGUUGUGGGUGGGCCUACGCUUGAGUGGCAGAGGGGUUGCGAUUGAAGUGCGGCUCCGGAAGAGGAGGGGGCGUUUUAAAGGGCCAGCAGCGGGCGAAAGUUGUGAGGAGAGUUUCUGAAGGGGAUCCUUCCUCGGCCAGGCCCAGUCAGGGGGGCCUGCGGAGCCGCUGGCGUCAGGAUGGAGCAGGCCGCACCGAAAAGCAAGCUAAAAAAGCUAAGUGAAGACAGCUUAACUAAGCAACCUGAAGAAGUCUUUGAUGUCUUGGAGAAGCUUGGUGAAGGGUCUUAUGGCAGUGUAUUUAAAGCCAUUCAUAAAGAAUCAGGGCAAGUAGUGGCAAUUAAGCAAGUCCCUGUUGAAUCUGAUCUACAGGAAAUAAUUAAAGAAAUUUCUAUAAUGCAGCAGUGUGACAGUCCUUAUGUCGUCAAGUACUAUGGCAGCUACUUUAAGAACACAGACCUGUGGAUUGUUAUGGAAUACUGUGGAGCAGGUUCAGUCUCAGACAUAAUUAGAUUACGAAAUAAAACGCUUACAGAAGAUGAAAUUGCAACCAUUCUUAAAUCUACGCUUAAAGGACUUGAAUAUUUGCACUUUAUGAGAAAAAUACAUAGAGAUAUAAAGGCUGGAAACAUCCUCUUAAACACCGAAGGGCAUGCAAAAUUAGCUGAUUUUGGAGUAGCUGGACAGCUAACUGAUACAAUGGCAAAACGUAAUACUGUUAUAGGCACCCCAUUUUGGAUGGCUCCAGAGGUAAUACAAGAGAUUGGCUAUAACUGUGUGGCAGACAUCUGGUCACUUGGUAUCACUUCAAUAGAGAUGGCAGAAGGAAAGCCACCAUAUGCUGAUAUACAUCCAAUGAGGGCUAUUUUUAUGAUUCCUACAAACCCCCCUCCAACAUUCCGGAAACCAGAGCUUUGGUCUGACGAAUUUACAGAUUUUGUGAAAAAGUGUUUAGUGAAGAAUCCUGAGCAGAGAGCUACUGCAACACAACUUUUGCAGCAUCCUUUUAUUAAGAAUGCCAAACCAGUCUCAAUACUAAGAGAUCUGAUUACUGAAGCAAUGGAAAUUAAGGCCAAAAGGCAUGAAGAGCAGCAGAGGGAACUUGAAGAGGAGGACGAAAACUCGGAGGAAGAUGAGCUGGAUUCCCAUACCAUGGUAAAGACUGGCUCUGAGAGUGCAGGCACCAUGAGGGCUACUAGUACAAUGAGUGAGAGUGCUCAAACAAUGAUUGAGCACAAUAGUACAAUGUUGGAAUCAGACCUGGGGACCAUGGUGAUAAACAGUGAUGACGACGAUGAAGAUGAAGAUGAAGAUGGAACCAUGAAAAGAAAUGCUACAUCACCACAGGCCCAGCGACCAUCCUUUAUGGAUUACUUUGAUAAACAAGAUUCCAAGAAUAAAAGCCAUGAAAACUGCAAUCAAAAUAUGCAUGAAUCGUACCACAUAUCAAAGAAUGUCUUCCCUGAUAACUGGAAGGUUCCUCAAGAUGGUGACUUUGAUUUCCUGAAAAAUCUGAGUUUGGAGGAACUACAGAUGAGAUUGAAAGCUUUGGAUCCUAUGAUGGAACGUGAAAUUGAAGAGCUUCGUCAAAGAUACACAGCAAAGAGGCAGCCAAUUCUGGAUGCUAUGGAUGCAAAGAAACGAAGGCAGCAGAACUUCUGAUCUUCUUACUUCCUCAGAUAAUGAUAUGGACACCAGGAAAAGCUGUACAUAACUGCAAAACUUAAAAAAGCAGAAACUUGGAUCUUCACAGCAACUAAAGUGGAAGUACUAGAAGAAAACACAUUGUAUGUUUUGUAACAUGAGCGAAAACCCUGAUUUUCAUGUUUUCAUACAAUAGAAAUGUCACAUUCCACUUCCUGAUCCCUUUCAGCUGUAUUCUAGUAAUGCUGUGUUUUGUAAAAUAAGGAGUACUAUAUGGUUCCUGGUAAGGCUUAAGUCUGUUUCCUAAUAGCUCAGUACCACAGCACCUUUAAAGGCAUAUUUAUUGUACACACUUAGCUGAUUUUAUUUAUUUCUAUGCUUGAUGCUUCUUAACUAUAAAUGGUGCUUGCAAGUUCGAAUAGUGGACGCCAGGGUAGGGUAAGUUAAACAUAUGUGUGCAGCCACAUGAUAAAGCUACGUUACUACUAUAUUAAGACUGGACUCAGGUAAAGAGUGUUAGCUCCAGCAGGCUUGUAUGCACCCGCUUAAUUCUAAUGAGAUGUAUUUGGGAGCUUGAACUAAAGCAUGUUUUAACGCACUUUGCCGAUUUGGAGGGGUUUGUAAUGCAUUGGCUACUUUAAAGAAAUGGUCUACCAGAUGCAGAGAGUUCAGUCUUUCAUGAGAAUAUCUCUUUGACAUAAAUGGGGUUUAUGUCCUCCUAAACGACUUCUAUAUUUGAACUUGCUUAGGAGACAUUUCCAGGGAGUUUUAUAAAUCAGUCUUUUCCUUUUGGUGAGUAAGCUCUUACAGAAUCAGAGACAAGUGCCUGUAUAGUUCCUCUUUUUCUCUCUCUGCCUUUUCGUAGUGCUGGAGAAAUGAAGUUCGCUAACUAUCCACAGUUCUAUUUGCCAUUGUUUUUCAUUGGCAAUAGAGAUGGGGAACCUUGCCAACCAGUGCUAUUGGAUUCUCGCUUCCAUCAUCCCUGAUUAUAAUUGGACACAUGGGCCAUGUUAGAUGGAAAAUAAAUUCCAACAACUUUGGAAAAUUUCAGGUUGCCAUCCCAAACAUGUAUUCACUAGUUUCUGUACUCACUUGCAUCCACAAUAAAAGUAAUUGUUUAUCAUUGAACAAUCUUAGUUGGGGGUGUUUUACUGUUUUUAGUAUUUUUCUCUAUGUAUUUCUCUUUGUUUUCAAAGUUGGAAACAUCUUUUUUAAAAACAAAACAAAACAUAGUAUUGAGAAAUCUAAGUUCAAUAGCCAAAGAAAACAUCUUCUGCUGGAUAGGUACAAAGAUGCAGGGGUGCCCAGCCUUCAGCAGCACUUUCUGCUAAAUGCCAAAAGCAUUUUUACAAAAGGAAAUACCCUGCAUUUAAAAAAAGAAUUUUGGAAUUUACUGCUGCUGUAUAUGAAACACAAUGGCUUUUUCUUGCAUUUUGAGCAAUAAAAGGAAAUUCUAGAUUAAUAAUGUCCAAGACUUCUUUCACUACCAAGGCUGAUGUAUAUUUCUACAAGGGAAUGUGGAUGCAAAGGAAAUACAGGCUUAGUGGGAGAUAAUGUACCAAGAUUGUAUAUCGACAAGGCAGUCUUGCACAUCAGUGUACACAUGACAUUGAGGAGUACAGGGAGUAUCAGUAAUUUUAAGGCUGCCUAUUUUCCCAUAGUGAGAAAUUUGCUGCUGGCACAGGUAUACCAGUGCUAUUAUUUAGGGCUUUUUUCUGUUGCUUGGAUGUUACUUUGGGGCUUUCCUGGAAGCAUGCGGCCUCACUGGGUUUGUCUUAGCAUGUUGUACUAUUUUUUUCAACCCUUAAUUAGUGCUUGUAAGUGAAAAGUACUCUUCAGGGUCAAUAUAGUAGACUCCUUUUGUAUGCUCAUGGGAUCUGCAUAAUUUUGAAACUGCUUUAAAAGUCACUGCAGGUUUGUGCUUUGGAAAUUGCUUUAAAUAACCACUUACAAGUUUGUUUCCUUCUGACUUCGAUUCAUCUGUACCAAAUAAUAUGGCUGUGGUGUUUCUAUAAUUCCAAGAAUGUCUGAUGUGUUGACAAUUUAAACAGGACUAAUAAGAAUCUUAAUAGUGACCACUAAGUGGAUAUUGUUCUGUGAAGGAUUCUGGAUUUUACUAACUAUUCUUUUGAAAUAUGUACUGUAGUAUUGUGCACUGCAAACUGGAGAACUACAUAGCACAUUCUGAAAUGCCUUAAAACAGCCAUAAGAAAUUAACUGUGUAAUGGGACCAUUCCCUUCUUUUUCAGCUGAGAACUAUCUUUACCAUGUGCUAUUUUUGUGGAUACAGGCAUGUAUUAUAAAAUCCAAAUGGGUUAACUGAAAUCUAUCCAACCUUUUUACCACCCAGUAAAAACUCUUUCAAACCCUCAAUUGUGUUUGUGAAAGAGACCGGCCAGAUUGUGCUCACACACUUUACUGGAGCUGAUACUCAGUGCUGUUCGCUUCUAAUAUGCCACUGUUUCGCAUCACACCAGAAUUGUUACGAUGUACUGUGAAAUGAUAGUAGCUCAUUUUGUUUUAAAUCUGGUAUCGAGAAUGUUUUGCCUCAUAGUAUAGCUACAUUGCUAAUAAUAGAUGCAUAUGUUGUGACCUAUGAAACUGUCUUGUUAAUAAGCUUUAUGGCAAACUAAAAUACAGGGAAAUCAUGCAUGUUUUGUUGUUGCCAGUUUAAAUUUUGGGAGAGGCCUUUCAGUUUUCAGAGGAGUAUCUGGAUAUCAAGUUGUUAUUUGUUUUUAAGAAAAAUAUGAAUUUUUGAAGCCACACCUUUUCCAAAUCCACAAAGCAAUACCAAAAAGAUGAGUGUGGCUUCAGCCUUGUCUUUCUCUGCUGUGCCUUAUGCAUAAUUGACUUUGACCAAUCAUAUGUUCCUUGACUUUCUCUAUUGGUGUUGCUUUGAUUAUUCUUACACAGCGCAAGCCAGAAAGACAAUAUAAAAUCCAGCUGUUAGGCUAAAACACGCAGCAUCUGGAAACAUCUCUGUUCAGAUACUGGCACAGUUCAGAUAUAUAUAAAUUGCAGCUUAAGAGGCAGAGAUACGCACAAGACGUUUGAAGCACCUACCAUGUAUCCUUGUGUCGCCAGUUCCUCCAAACUUGUGGUAAUUUAGGAAGUUGUCAAUUAACCAUAGUUAGUUCUCAUAAACAUCUGAACUGUGUUUCCCAGAUUCAGAGCUUGUCUGUAAGUUAACCAAUUCUAAACCAUGAGUACAAAUCCUAACUUGUUUAGCCAUUGUUAUUGCUUAGGGCCCUUCCACAUAGCCCUAUAUCCCAGAAUAUCAAGACAGAAAAUCCCACAAUAUCUGCUUUGAACUGGGUUAUCUGAGUCCACACUCAAAUAAUGUGGGAUUUCUUGCCUUGAUAUUCUGGGAUAUAGGGCAGUGUGGAAGGGCCCUUAGUUCCCAGUUCAUAUGCCACAAGACACUAUGGUUAAUUGACAUUUUCUGGGUUAAUGGUAGCCAAGAAGAGAAGGAAUGGCAUGAGGAUAGUUUAUAAAGCCUGUAUAUAUAUAUAUGUCUGAAUUGUGCCACUGAAUUUCACAAAGACCUUUUCACCUAUAAAGAUUAAAUGGAAUUUCACUACAUUUCUCAGUUUAAAGGUCAAAUCAGUACUGUUUAAAGGAAGAGUAAACUGCAAAUGCAGCACACGAAAUUCGGUCUUUCCAGAGUUUUCCCCUCAAACAAUCAGUUCAGUAUUAAAUACAGUAAAUUUUAACAGACACUUGAUGUUGCUUUUUAUUGAAAUAAGCAACAAACAGUACACUAGCAAUGGAAUUUAGGGAUAACUUUUAUACACAAUUGGCUUUUUAAAAUUAAUUUUUCAUAUUUAUUAAUAGUUACUGAAAGAUGCAGUAUUUAUUCCCAUAACCACUUUUAUUUCCACUGAAGAUAUACACCUUUUGUAAAGUAUUUAUUUUACUAAAACUUGCAAUAAAUACAGUAGAGUUGACAAGUAGCCUUAGUGAAAUUUUAAUCCAACUUGGUUUAUGGUUUUUUUCCUGUCUUGUACAUAAAAGUUUUAAAAUACAACUUCCCCAAGAUCUGAAAAUUAAUUGUUUGUUACCAAACAUUUUGAAUAAAAGCUAUUUUCCAUCUA